UCCUCUAGAGCUCCGAUCCAAUAGGACGCAGGUACGGCCGUGAGACGUGACGUCACCCCGGCCUCGCCCUCGGUCGGCCCGCCUGCCUUCGGGCGGGCGCCGCCAUGUUGCGGGGUCCUCGCUCCGGGCGUGUAGGUGUCUCCAUAAGAUGCCGGCGGAGCGCUUCCCCCCUCUUUUCUCCCCCAAGAUGGCGUCCAUGCGGGAGAGCGACACCGGCCUGUGGCUGCACAACAAGUUGGGGGCGACGGACGAACUGUGGGCGCCGCCGAGCAUCGCGUCGCUGCUCACGGCCACGGUCAUCGACAACAUACGUCUCUGCUUCCACAACCUCUCGUCUGCCGUGAAGCUGAAGCUGCUGCUCGGGACGCUGCAUCUUCCUCGACGCGCCGUGGAUGAGAUGAAAGGAGCAUUGACUGAAAUUAUCCAGCUUGCAACCUUGGAUUCAGACCCUUGGGUCUUAAUGGUAGCUGAUAUUUUAAAAUCGUUCCCAGAUACCGGUUCACUCAACCUUGAUCUUGAAGAACAGAAUCCCAAUGUUCAGGAUAUUUUAGGAGAGCUUAGAGAAAAAGUUAGUGAAUGUGAAGCAUCUGCUAUGUUGCCUUUGGAGUGUCAGUACUUAAACAAAAAUGCCUUGACCACACUUGCUGGACCACUCACGCCCCCUGUGAAGCAUUUUCAGUUGAAAAGAAAGCCGAAAAGUGCCACUUUGAGAGCAGAGCUCUUGCAGAAAUCCACAGAGACUGCCCAGCAGCUCAAGAAAACAGCUGGAGUACCUUUCCAUGCCAAAGGAAGGGGAUUGGUCAAAAAAAUUGAUACCACAACACCUCUUAAAGGCAUCCCGAAACAGGCUCCUUUCAGAAGCCCAACCACACCCAGUGUUUUUAGUCCUGCUGGAAACCGGACUCCAAUCCCCCCUUCUCGAACCCCUCUACGAAAAGAACGGGGAGUGAAGUUACUAGAUAUUUCAGAGCUGGAUAUGGUUGGUGCAGGCCGAGAGGCAAAAAGAAGAAGAAAGACUUUAGAUACAGAAGUUGUGGAAAAGCAAGCCAAAGAAGAAACUGUUGUCGAAAACGCUACUCCUGAUUAUGCUGCUGGCCUUGUCUCUACCCAGAAACUUGGUUCUUUGAACAAUGAGCCUGCACUACCUUCUACAAGCUACUUGCCUGCAACUCCAAGUGUGGUUCCAUCAUCAUCCUACAUACCAAGCUCUGAAACACAGCCAGCUCCUUCGGCUCGAGAGACCUUGCAGACUAUCCGGCAGCCAGACGAGCCUGCAACCGCAAACACUACUCUUCCUGCUCAGUUCAAGCAGAGGACACCCCUAUACAACAGCAAUGCCAACCCUGCUCCUGCAGCUGCUGCUCCACCUACCUCACCUCUGACCCCUACGACCCUGCCUGCUGUCGCCCCUGCAGCACAGACUCCUCCCGUGGUGCCACAGACCCAGCCAGCCCCCCAGCCGCAACCCAAGAAAGGUCUAUCCCUCACGAGGGAGCAAAUGUGUGCUGCACAAGAAAUGUUCAAGACUGCAAACAAAGUGACCAGGCCCGAGAAGGCGCUCAUCCUGGGCUUCAUGGCAGGAUCCAGGGAGAACCCUUGCCAAGAGCAGGGUGACAUCAUUCAGAUCAAGCUCAGUGAGCAAGAAGUUCUUGACAAAGCUGACGGCACGGGAAGCACCACCAUGUUAGUUGACACAGUCUUUGAAAUGAACUAUGCCACUGGCCAGUGGACCAGGCUCAAGAAGUAUAAGCCCAUAACAAAUGUUUCCUAGAGGACCCAGGACGAGACUGCGGGGACCGAGCCAGAAUGGGCAGCCGCCUCUGCUGAAGAGAUGGCAGAGAUGGCCCUUGACCCAAGGACAUCCACACUCUGUUUCUUGUUCCCUUCCAGGCUAACUUUUACCCAGCCCCACCUUGGGAGUGUGCUCUGAGUGACAGCUGCACAGACUGAGGCCUGGUAGAUUGGUAGGGUUUCUAAAAUGAAAAAGGUGGACUGCGUGUGCCACGUCCUAGUCCUUCCUCCAAGAACUUCCUCUCUGGAUGAGCAAAGCUCCAUUCCAAACCUGGGGAGGAAAGAUGAUUUAUGAGAUUGCUUUCAAAUUUUCUCUUAAGCUAAGAUGAUAAAUUCCCUGCAGAUUUGUACGACCUUGUGCUUUAGCUCAUUUUGCUAGGAAAAAAAAAUGGCAUGUGAGGCGAGUUGGGCGAUCCUGUGCAGUCUGAAUGCAUUCAUGUCAGUGCACUAUAAAAUAAGGACUCCCAGAAGCAUUAAUCUCUCUUUAGCCUAGAUGAGCACCCCAUUUACCCCUUAGUAUUGGGACGUCAAGUAUUGCCAAAACUAACACUCUCACAUUGCUUGCAAACUAUCUGAUUGGCCCUUUGCCUUGCUGGCAGUCUGGCUGGACAUCGGUGGCAUCUGCCCCCGGGCUUCCAAGGGCCGCAGCAUCGAGAAAGGUCGCAUAAUUUUGAGUAGGCCAUGGUGUGAGGUGAGAUGGGUUGUCAUGCUGGUCCUCAGACUUAUCCAAGGGCGGGCAUGCUCACAGUGUGAUGGCUUCCUUCUUCCUGGGGGCGUAGGAAAGAGGUGAGAACAGCUAUGAGAAUGCAUACGAAAAGCUGGGGCUUCUGCCCUGGUUGCAGAGACUUAAGGCUAGGUUUAUUUUUAUCUGUUCACAGGCCAUGUGAAUGGUCUUAGUGCUGGGACCCCAGGGGAGCAUGGGAGCAGAUCUCUGGCCAUUUAAGCCCCUCUUACUUGUUGGGUAGAGCCUUAAGAACUAUUUGAGGUCUUUAAACCUGUUUGUGUGUGUACAGUGGGCAUGGCCCUCACUUCUGGCUUCUUCAGUCACAUCAUCAGGAGAGGCAACAUGUUGAUCUAAACUGAUUCUAGCUUUUCCUUUUUGGUUCAAGUCUGAAACAAUCAAGACCUUUGGUUUGGGGUAGGGGAUGGGGUUGGAGCAAUAAUUCAGAGGUGCAAAGCCAGAUUGUUACUCUGAAGAUAAAUGUUUACAUGUGUAGUGUCAGCUGGUAGCAGCGGCACAAGGAUUGGGCCCCACGGGGGGGGUUCCUAUGGUUGGUGUUUGCUGGAGGGUCAUUUCAGAGCCACUCUGUGUUAUCUGACCACUCCUGACCAUGUGGUGUGCAGGUACCGCCUGCGUUAGUUUUCAGAGUAAGUCCUCUGGAAUGAAUGGUAGGGUUGGUUUUAGUUAUUCCUGGGGGGGAGGGGAAGAGAAGACUUGGGGUGUUCUUUUUUAGAUGUUUUGUUUUGGGAUUUAAUGUUACAUUUUGCAAAGCUAAAUUUAACCAAAAAAAAAUAAGUUAGAGAGUUUUCUUAAUUUUAGUGACUGAUAUUCCUGUUGGCCUUUUAUCCAACUUAAAUUUUUUUAAACAGAAAUCCUGGUAAUUGUUAACUGAGUUAUUUUUCUAUUGAGAUGUAUCUGUGUGUGAGUAGAAAGUUAACUGCUUUGAACUGCAGGACCUGGCUGCAAGCAUAGAACACAGAGUGGUGUUGGAGACUUGCGGCCUUUGCAGUUGGGAGAGUUCUUCCCCUCCCGUGAUGUGGGCUCAGACCAGCCUGAGGGUGACGGUGACCAGACACGGCCACUCCAUCCUCCAGAGCUGAGGUGGUAUCCAUGGGCUCUCUGGUGGGCGGGAAGUAGAAGUGAUGAUUCCUGUGGGGUGCUGGGGCCAGAGUCAGUCACUGGAGGAGCAUAGAGGCAAGGGGAGGAGUGGCUGCAGCCCUCUGGAGAGGGGCUCCCACUUCUGAGUUUCCUGCGUGUAUGUGUUAAUACUUUCUUGUAUUUCAGUAGAUACCGAAAUACGUCGUCAGAUUUAAAGAGUAGACAGGAGUGUGCCGCCUUCCACAGUUUCAGCACAAAGGCCUGUUACUGCUGCCCCUUAGCAAAACAAGUUAUUUCUUUAACUUUCUCAGUCCAGCUACUGAUUUGGGGGGAAAGGGGUUAGUUCAGUUUUGGUAGGCUUUAAUGAAGCAAAAAGCCAACAGUAGUUCACCUGUUUUUGAAUAAUUAUCUUAGGAAGUUGCUAAACACAGAAGAUCCUCCAUCCCUUGGGUGGGUCAGUCCAUGUUGCGUCAAGGGGCCAUCAUAGCGUCAGACAAUUCAGAAGAAAGCAAGAUGUGUUUCCUGCAUUUGAUUCUCUAGGGAACGGGAGCAUUUUGCUGUUUCAUGAGGAAAUGCUCUCCCCCUCUGAAAUUGGUGUUUGCUUUGCUGUGCUGCUGCCAGGCCCUCAGCAGCAUGGCAGGGUCCUGAGAGCCAGACGGCAGCACUUUUCCUGGAGCCAG